UCACAAGAGAGGAGUUUGAGCUAUGAUAGAAAAUCCAAAACUAAAAAGUAAAGAAACCUCGAACCGUAGGUGAGAAGAAGUGCAACCAAAGUAUUCAUCCCAAUGCUCUCUCUCCCCUAAACUAAACGAAGCCAAAACUCAACAAUGUCUUCUUGGCUCUCACUCUCUCUACCCAACCCCUUCAAAUCAGACGAAUCACAAUCCUCCUCACCUCCACCACAAACCACCACCAAACCCUCCAACAACGACGACGACGACGGCGAUCACUGCCCCUCCGGCGGCGGCGUCAAGGAAGACCUAUCAGUGCUCGGCCAAACCAUCGGUCGCCAACUCCUUGGCGUCGCCGCUUUCCUUGCCCCUCCUCCGACGUCUCCUACUACGCAGCCGCCGCCAUCGCAUUCCGCCGCAGCCGAGGAAGAAGACUCAUCUUCGCAAGCGUUUGUUGGUAUAAAGAACGAUCUUGUCGAGAUCGGCGGGAGCUUCAAGUCUGGUCUGUCGAUUCUGUCUCCGAACAACGCGGUGAGUGGGAUUUCUAGGUUUGCUUCCAAUUUGUUACAGUUCCAAAAUCAAGGCGAUGAGGUUGAAGAAGAUGAGGACGAUGAAGAUUCCGGAGUGGCCGGUGUUACGGAGGAAGUUCUGGACUUCGUUCAGGAAAUUUCGUUGCGGCCGGAGCUAUGGACUGAUUUUCCAUCCUCACUAGACAAUGAUUUUGUUAUGUCUGAUAUGCAGAGAGAACAUGCUUCAAUUGUUGAACAUUUGGUCCCAAGUCUAGCGGCUUCGAGGCAAAAAGUUCUCAGUAACUUGAGCGAUGAACAGUUCUGGAUGAUAUAUUUUAUUUUGCUGCUUCCAAGAUUGAGCGAGCAUGAUUUCAAGCUUCUAUCAACUCCUGAGAUUACUUAUGCAAGGGAGAUACUUCUGCAGAAGCUGCAAAACAAGAAGAAUGCAUCAGUGGAGACUUCUGAGGACCUUGAGACUGUUGUAUCAUCUCAACAGGGUGGUAAGAGCCCGGUACAGGGAAAGGAGGUUUCGUCUGGAGCUGUAAAUACACCACAGGGGAUGGAAAAGGACAAUCAAAAGAAUACCAAAAGUGAUGAUCAUGAGAAUCUGGAACAAUGGUUAAACGAGCAAGAUGUUAACACAUGCACUUCUUCUGUACAUGCCCAAAAACAGCCUGAUACUGAGGAUGAUGUCUCAUUCAGUGAUCUGGAGGAUGAUGACAAUGAUCUCUCGGGUAGACCAUCCGGGUUUAGGCCAGCACGGACUAAUCAGCCGUCUUCACCUAGUGGAUCCAAUGAAUGGAUUCAACUCGAUAAAAAUUCUGAAACUCGGGGUGACCGGCAGAAGUCUGGUCAAUCAACUUCCCAAGCAAAAGAUUCGGAAGGUGAGGAGUCAAAUGACUGGCUUACUGUUGAUGACGUCGAUUUUUAGGGGUUAGGCAGCUGUUUGAAAUGCCUAAUUUAUGUAAAGGUUCUACUUGUUUUAUUCCCCGACCCCCCCACCCUCUUUUUUACCUUCCACUUAUGUGGUUUGGUUUUCUUAUUCCAACGUUUGAAAAUAAGCGUUUGAAAUACUCAAUCGAGACAAGUUCCCAGUAUAAAAUCUCCUAUUGUCAUUGUAUGGAUUUGGUCUCUGGUUCUGUUUUAGUUCAUUGUUUCAUAUAAUUUCAAACUUUGUUUAGAAAAUCAAAGUUUGAAGUUCACAUUUUUACUCUCUGUGUUAGUGGUAGUCACUCUACUUUGCAUUUGUAUUCUGGAACCUGAAAUUUAUUUAUUUACAUUUAAUUCAAUUUUCCAGCA